AUGCGGGUUACCGCCAACACUUGCCAGGUCCUCAACCUUAACCAGGCGCCCAAGCGCUCCCAACGCCUGGCAGUCUCUCAGACGUUCUGUCACACUUGGUGGUCCAAGAAACUUCCCGAUGGAAUCAUCCUUCGCAAUGUGGUCGCAGAGGAGUGGGUUGUCGAGUACAAGAAGAGGCCUACCUACAACGCCGCCCUUCCUAUUCCCCGAAUCCCAGUGACCUUCAUCAAUGCUGUCACCAAGCAUGUUUUCGCUAUCCAACUGAAGGAGAUUCAAGAGACCAUCUUCGCUAAGCAUGAAGCCUUGAAGGUACCCUCUGAAGAUGAGGAAGUUGAAGACAACGCAGAUGACGAUGCAGCUCGAGCUUGGGAUUUCCAGAUUGGACUCGACUCACUUCCAUACUCCUUGGACCAGGCGGGGCAGCAAAUCCUGGAGCACACAGGCUUCAUCUCGUUGACAAUGGUGGCUGGGCCGGACCCAUCGCAGGGUGGAAACAUUUUGGCAUAUUCACUUACAGAGGGUAAGACCUCCAACGGCUGUGACUUUACCCAGUACAUCAAGAACUAUAGGAAGACCUUUCAGGUUCCUUUCACCGAAUUUGCCAAGCUCGUCUUUCCUCCCGAAGAACAUAUGAGAUGUGCAUUGCCUGGUACUGAACACCUUUGUGACUACAACAUCCCAACCGCCGCUCCCGAGUCUAAUGCUGCUCCCGUGUCUACUCCUGCCCCUCCUCUGAGUGCGGCCGCCUCCUCGAGCAACCAUGAUGCUCACCUCGAGCUCAUUGAAGACAAUUCCGACGCUGAGGAGAUUCCCAAUGAGGCUGAGGCGACCAGCAACAUUACUGAUGCCGCUCCUGCUCGCCCCUUGCAUUCGGCUUACGAGAUCGAGCGGGAGGCAAACAUCGAACACAACAAGGCCCUUCUUGUUUCCCUUGGACUCGACAAGCCCCCUGUCUUUGGAGGAAAGAAGCCACGCACUCGAGCACCAAAGAGCACCAAGGAUGCUGCAGAGCCAGUUCGGUGCUUCACAAGGCUGACUAGCGGCGAGACCGAAGCCUCUGCUCCCUUCGUUGAUUUAACUGAAGACAAGAUUGUGGGUGCCCCCGCUGAAGCUUCCGAGGACGACGCCGUAGUCCCUGUUCCCACCGAAGCAAUCAAGGACAACACCCCCGCUCCUACUGACACAAUUGAAAAGGCCAAUGCGCCUACCCUCCCCGCUGAAGCAGACAAGCUGGCUACGACUGCGACUAGCGAUGGCUUGGCGUCUAGCGGCGCGACCCCCAACACCACUGAAGCAGAUGCCCUGCGUGACACAGGCACUGAUGAAGUCGUUCCAAUGGAUGUCGAUGUGGUCAUUGCGUGUCCCUUCAACGCCCCUGAUUGGCUCAAGUCCGUAGUCCCUUACCUUGCGCAACACAGCAAAGACCCCCGAUGGUUCUCUGUCAUCGGAUGUUUCAUCGACUUCGAAAGGAGCCUCGGGUUCCUUGAUGGAAAGCUGGCCAAUCACAUGCUUGCAAUUGGAAAGAACCGCCCCAAGGAGAUCAGUGGUGGCAGUGGUACUGCGAACUCCAACCAGCCAACCGAAAAGUUGGUGCCGAUGGCAGCCUGCGACGUGUCAUGCCCACUGAAGGAUGGACCAAAGGGCACCAUCAACGGUGUCUAUAGCUUGAUGGCUACCCUCACCUGGUGGCUUCAGGCUGCGGAGGCCAACAAGGUAUACCAGGCUGAGAUUACCACCACCCUCGAGGACUUCAAAUGGGUCUUGGAAACCAUGAUCCACACCAAUGGCUCCAAACACAGGUCCCCUGAGUCUGAUGUUGCCACGUGUUCAUCAAAGAAGGCCCGUAAUUAG